AUGUUUUUUCUCCAGUUUUUUCUGGUGGAACACAGCAUAUUUCACCUCUUUUUUUUUAUGAAAAAAGUGGGAGCACGAGGAAGAAAGUAUCCGGGUUAAAGCAUCCCUCUCGAUUAACCCUCAAAGCAACCAAUUUUUUUCAUUUACAACACUAAUUUCAGCUCCCAAUAUUAAACAGCUAUCACUUUUUACAAGCCGGCGCUUACUGUAUCUGCAGAUUUUUUAUAAAUCGUGAGCCGACAAUUUGAUUGAGAGAACUGUUCCUCUCACCCAACCCACAAAACUUUUUCGUUUAAGCAUCGGUUGGUGUUUGGAAGGAACAUUUCUAGCCAAAACGACGAAUAUGAGAAAGACCCAUUUCGUCCGCCAUAGCUUUUACUCUACUUGCUCACUGUAAUUCAUUGCAAUUCAGAAACUCGCAGGAGCGGGGCGGAAACAGCUACGGGUUUCGCUGGAAAGUACUGGCAUCUGUUUCUGAAGGAAGUUGCUUCGAAACUUCAGCUGGGUUUCGUCUUUCGAUGGGGGUGUGAACUGUGUGUGCAAGUCUGCUAUUGAGGCUGCUUAUUUCACUAACCAAUGGACUUCAGGAUCUCCUUGUUUCUUAUGUUAGCUUCUCUUCCCGCUAUCUUGGCUCAGAUAGCAACACAUGGUAGAGUCAUAGUUGAUGGAGCUGUAGUAGUUGCUCAAACUGAUGAUAACUACAUUUGUGCCACCAUUGAUUGGUGGCCUCAUGAUAAGUGUAACUACAAUCGUUGUCCAUGGGGGUAUUCUUCAGCAACAAAUUUGAACUUGUCUCAUCCUCUUCUCAUCAAGGCCAUACAAGCUUUUGAGCAUUUGAGGAUAAGAAUUGGCGGUUCUCUGCAAGACCAAGUGUUGUACGACGUGGGAAGUUUGAAGACGCCAUGCCAUCCAUUUCAGAAGGUGCAAUCAGGGUUGUUUGGUUUUUCCAAAGGGUGUUUGCACAUGAGUAGAUGGGAUGAUCUAAACCAAUUAUUCAAGACCACAGGGGCCAUAGUGACCUUUGGCUUGAAUGCACUACAUGGAAGGCACCAAAUUCAAAGAGAUAGAUGGGGAGGAGAGUGGGACUCAGCAAAUGCUCGGGAUUUUAUGAAUUACACCAUAUCAAAGGGAUAUGUGGUAGAUUCAUGGGAGUUUGGUAACGAAUUGAGUGGACAUGGCGUUGGUGCGAGUGUCGAUGUCGAACUGUAUGCAAAAGAUGUGAUCAAACUGAGAGACAUUAUCAAUGAGUUGUACAAGAAUUCCGACUCAAAACCUUCACUCGUAGCACCAGGAGGAUUCUUUGAGCAAGAAUGGUAUGCCAAACUUCUUCAGGUUUCAGGAUCUAAUGUUGUGAAUGUCAUCACUCAUCAUAUCUACAAUCUUGGGGCCGGCAUUGAUCCCCAUCUUACAAACAACAUACUGGAUCCACAUUACUUAAGCAGGGUAUCAGAAAUCUUUAACAGAUUAGACCAAACCAUCCAAGUUCAUGGUCCAUGGGCAUCUGCGUGGGUCGGAGAGUCUGGUGGGGCCUAUAACAGCGGUGGUCGCCAUGUAUCCAACACAUUCAUUAACAGCUUUUGGUACUUAGAUCAACUGGGAUUGGCAUCCAAGUACGAUACCAAAGUGUAUUGUAGGCAGACAUUAAUUGGGGGUCACUAUGGUCUGCUCAACACAUCCACAUUUGUACCAAAUCCAGAUUUUUACAGUGCACUUCUGUGGGAUCGGCUUAUGGGGAAAACUGUUCUUCCUGUUGGUAGUGAUGCUUCGUCAUUUUUACGCGCUUACGCUCAUUGUUCAAGGGGAAGUACUGGUGUGACUGUACUUCUGAUCAAUUUGAGCAACCAAACCCACUUCACAAUUCAUGUUCAAAACAGCAAAAAUGUGUUUCUGAAUGUUCAAGAAAAUGGGGUUAGGAGAGAGAAUUCCUUCAUGAAAGGCAUGAAGAAGACUGUAGCAUGGAUUGGAAACAAAGUCUCUGAUGCAUCAGUGUCAAGAGAAGAAUAUCACCUGACCCCAAAGGAUGGCUACCUCCAAAGCCAAACCAUGGUUCUAAAUGGAUCUCCAUUGGAGCUCACUCCUGAUGGGGAGCUUCCAAGUUUGAAUCCUGUCCUCCGUGACGUCAACACUCCGAUCUUUAUGAUCCCGUUGUCCAUUGCUUUCAUAGUAUUCCCCAACUUCGAUGCCCCAUCGUGCUUGUGAUUUCAGAUUGUCUUUGCUCGUGAUUCUGCAGCGUAACUGUAAAGCUUAAAGAAGCUGCUUAAAUUCUGAAUAAUCGUACAAUAUCAUCAGUAAGUUAUUGUUUCUGUAAUGAUUAAUUGGAAAGAUGUGUAAUAAGUUGUGGUGGAUUAAUUGUGAAGAAAUGGAAACGUUACCAGAUGGCGUGUAUAUGAUCGUUUUUGCAA